GUGUUUUCCACAGGAUUUUUUUGAGACUAUGGAGGAUAGCUGGACCUUGGUCUGCCUGGGGGAUCUGGGGCCAUGGCCUUGUAUUCAAAGGAAAGGUGAAAAAUGAGGAAGUCUGGGAACCACUGAAGAAGGCAGCCGUGAGGGACAGAAGUAUUCAUCAGAACGUAAGUUCUUUGAGAAUGUGUGUGUCACGAAUCUGGUCGGUGUCCCGUUGUCCACUCACCACCAGAUGUCACUCUCGCUUCACCUACACACUCUGACUGUUACUUUGCAUCUCGGACUGCAUCUCCCAUCCUCCACCGCUCUGAUUGCGUCAGCCCCCGUGACCAAUCAGGCGUUCUAUAAAGACCCUGGUCCUCCCCAGUUGCACUUCAUGGAUUGUUGUUAUUGUAUUGUUGUUUUCCUAGCGUGUUCCUAGUUCCUGUUCCAAGUUCCUGGUUUUUUGAUCCCCCGCCUGGUUUUCUCGUUUACGUCUGUCUAGCCGCCUGCCUUGUGAUUUAUCGCUCUUGUUUAUUGGAUCAUUCUCUUCGAUUGCCUGUUACAUUCCUGUCUGCUCCUGUCUCGACCCUGCCUGCUCACCUUGUACCUGUUUGUUCGUUUAAUAAAGCUCGCAUAUGGAUCCACUCGCCUCUCGUCAAUCACUCCUGGUUACAGAACAAUCCAUCACCACAGGAUCCAGCAGCUUUCACCCCGGACAUUCAUCUGAUAUGGAUACGGACAUAAUUCUUUGCAGGAUUAAACAGAAAUCACACACACUGGAUCAAUACACCCGUGAGUUUCUCUCAAUAUCAAACCAUUCCACUCUCCCGGACUGUAUAAAAAUUGAGAUUUUUUGCGACGGCGGGAACCAGCCCCUCCGCACACAAUUGAGACGCGAGGGUCCGCGUUCGUCGCUCGAGGCGUUUUUGAACUUUGCACUGUUGUGUGUGGGUUCGCCGUGCACCGUGGGGGUCGCGCAGAGGGAACGCGACAACGCGGCAAUGGCGACCGCGCGUCCCGCUCGUAAAUUGGCGGUCAUGCCGGAGCACGAUCCCACGAACACGUUUGUCGCCGGGAUCGCUUGUGAGAUGGCGGCCGUGCAGGAGCGCGCUCAAGCUAUGGCGGCGACAGCGGGGCCUGUUCACAAGAUGGCGGCAGCGCCGGCGUGCGCUCACAAGAUGGCGGCGACGGCGGAGCCCGGUCACAAGAUGGCGGCGGAAACAGAGCUCCGUCACGUCACAGCUGCCAUACCUGAGCUAUAUGGAGUUACAGCUGCAUUUCCUGAGUCAAGUCAAGUUUCCAAGUCAAGUCAAGUUGCAGCUGUGUUUCCUGAGUCAAGUUGAGUUUCCAAGUCAAGUCAAGGUACAGCUGUAUUUCCUGAGUCAAGUCAAGUUUCCAAGUCAGAUCAAGUUGCAGCUGUGUUUCCUGAGUCAAGUCAAGUUUCCAAGUCAAGUCAAAUUGCAGUUGUGUUUCCUGUCAAGUCAAGUCAGAGCUAUCACCCCUGUCUCAAGCAGUGGCGGCUACUGGUCUGUCAAAUAGGGGGAAGCUCAUUUUCGGCCUACAUCAUAAAAUUGUCUAUUUAUUUAUUCACAAGAAUGUGCCUUAUUGUCAUAAGUAAGUCACAAUGCAAACAAUCGUAAAAAAAAAAAGCUUUAGUUUUAUUAUGCAAAAUAUAAUGUAUUUUUUCUUUUAGUCAGAUGCUACUAUAUAGUAUAAAUAUUUUGCAAUUUAAAUAAGGUUAUUAUGGAGAUUUAUUUAUUUAUUUAUUUAUAAAGUAUUUUAAUAGAA